AUGACCGACUUGAACUCGCGGAAAAAAACCUUCUCGGGUUGCUGGACAUGUCGAUCCAGAAAGGUGAAAUGUACUAUGGAAAGACCCAUGUGCCAGCGGUGUGUUAGGGCGGGGGUAGAGUGCACUGGUUACGACAUCAAACUGAAAUGGUCUAUUCCCAUCAAGUUCGAUACCAGCGGAAAUUCGUUGCCUCUUGAGGUGUCAGAUAAUGAUUACGUGCGGCGACGGACGGUUGAUUUUGUGAAAUACACCGAGGAUCAGACAUACGAAACUUACGAUGACAUUGAUAAAGACCUGAGCGAUUUGCAAUCAUUCUCUCCGGUGCCUGUGGAUACCACCAAGUUGAAUGGACCUUUUGGGGUUUUCAGGGGCUGCGAGGGUGUUGAUAAGAAUGCGAAAAGACACCAGACAAGCUCUGUGAGCGCGCACAGAAGUGGUCUUCCAGAUAAGGCUGUUUCGAAUGUGCCCACUGCGGAGUACCAAAACGUUCUUUCUGGUCCGACAGCCUCCACGCCGAAUAGCAUUUCUCAAUACUCGCCGUCUCCUUCUCUGGGGUCCUCAGGUUACUCUAUGAGACCAAAGGCCUUCAAACGCAAUCAGUCGGUGUAUGCAAAUCCUUUGGACGGGUUUUCAGGCUCUGCAGAUGGAAAUGAAUGGUUGAGUACUGAGCUGAUUGGCGACGCGUUGUUGACUGCUUCGGCUUUGAAUGGUGAUAUGUACUUUCUUGAUCUGUUCAACGGUACUGGUAAUGAUUUGGGAGCAGACCACAGCGAGCCUCAGACGAUGAACCUCAUGCCGCAAUCAAAUGCUCGUGGCCUGGAUCCUAAAUCUACGGUAGCCCAGCAACACUAUAUGUCUGCCCAUGUUGACCCUCAACAACCGGAAUUCAUACCUGAUGAAGUUUUACAGCUACUAUUCCACAAAAAAGAAAGUGUUGAUAAGACUGCGGAUGCUCAACAUACCAUUUCCCAACCCAAUUCCAGAAGAGCCACCAGAACCGGCGAGGUGUUUUCAAUCAUGCUGGAUGCUGAUGAAACCACCACUAUGCCUUCACAAAUAAUGACUGUUUCAGAAACCGAACAUAUACCUCCAACCUUGGCGAUUGACAAGUUUGGCUUGCCUUGUAAUGCACUCACUGUCAAGCCCAUGACGCGCUAUCUUAUGAACUAUUAUAUUGACCAGGUUGCUGACAUGAUGACGGUUAUACCACUAGCAAAAAAUCCGUGGAAGUUCAUCUAUUUUCCCAGAGCUAUAAUGGCUAUUGGCGAACUUGGGUCUCUGGGGAGAACUUCAAACGCAAAAAACUGUCUGCUGAACGCUCUUCUUGCCGUGAGCGCGUUCAACUUACAGAGCAAGUUCACCAGAAACAGCGACGAGAUGAAACAUUAUUUGAGUCUUGGUAUUCAGUUACGGCAACAGGCUACUCAAUACUUGAAAGUCUGCUUAGACGAGGACAUCUUGACCCAGAAGUACAAGGACGUUCUCGUUGCUGUACUUUCCAUGGUUACUAUUGACGUGGUAUGGGGUACCAUGUCGGACUGCAAAGUUCAUUUGGACAUCUGCGAAAAGGUUAUCGAGAAGAAGAUGAAGGUCAAGAAGAAGCUUUCGUCACAGGCAACGAUUUUGCACAGAAUUUUCAGCUCAUUGAAAAUGAUUCAAGACUCCACAAGUUUGGAGAACAUCCAAGAAUCGGAAAUCUUUUUGAAUGAGCAAAACUACAAGGAGUUCAUCAUGGAUGUGAACAGUCCGUCUGAUGCCAAUAUUGCAAAAGCAAGGUCUGAACCCCACCAAAGGAGAGGCAGUUUCGACAGUGUGGCGUCCACCGAUUCCCCAGCUCCAAGAGGUGUGUUCCACGAGAAAAUCAACGAUCAGGGCAAAAUUAAGAUCGAGUUCAUAGUCAAUAAUACGGAGAACGAUUCUAUCGAGUUAAACCCCGAUGCCAAGGAUGCAGAGCAGGGCAUACCUUCUUUCAUCGAUAUCACGAGAUCGAGUUUCCAGCCUUCAAAAAACAAAGUUGACGACGAUGUGAUCUCGAGUGAUGCAAUUUACGGCCUUCCGAACUCUCUCAUUCUAUUAUUCUCUGAAGUGGUGUAUCUUUACAGAUUCAAGACCUUUCAUGACCAGGAGAACAGAUCCCUCCCACCAUUCUUUGGGAAAUUGGCACAAGAUCUCGAGCGCAAGAUCUUGAACUGGAGAUUAGAGUGGAAGCUCAUGAGCGAAGAUCGAACCCUCACGGACUCAAGUUCUCAAUCCACUGCAGACUUUUUAUCGCCCAGGUAUGAAGGCAUCUAUCAUCAUGUCAUGUCCUUCUACCAUGGGCUUGCCGUGUAUUUCUAUCGGGGAGUUCGCAACAUGAACCCUCUAUACCUGCAAGAACGUGUUGAAAAGGUGCUGAACCAUUUGAAUGAAAUACAAAGCAUAGUUGAGAAGAACGAGGGCACGUUUAUCAUUCCGUUAUUUUGGCAGGGAUUUGUUGCUGGAAGUGAGGCCAUGACUGUGUUCCUGCAGAAAGGGUUCAACCUAUGGGGCCAGAAUAUCUCAAAAACAGGUAUUGGCUCAUAUUGGGUAGCUAGACAGAUCAUGCUGGAAGUAUGGAGAAGAAAAAAUUCGAACGCAAAGAAACAUACUUGGGCAGAUGUUAUCCAUGACUGGGGAACGAACGUGAUGUUGACAUGA